CUGGAAUUACAGCUAUUUAUUACGAAGCGCUCUGUGUGGCUGGUGGAGUGUGCCCGAGGAAACACAUCCCAGACACCACUUGGGGUUAGUCCUUCUGAGUCCUUCACGUGUCUGACUAAUUCUCAUCAUUACCAUGGAGCCCAACAGUCCCAAAAAGAUACAAUUUGCUGUGCCUUUGUUCCAGAGUCAGAUUGCACCCGAAGCGGCGGAGCAGCUGGGCCUUUGUUGUUCACAGAUCAGGAAAAGAAGACCUACACCGGCAUCGCUUGUGAUUCUCAAUGAACAUAACCCCCCAGAAAUAGAUGACAAGAGGGUGACCAACAUGCAAGCAGAAUCACAGGACGCAUCUCCUAAGCAGAGGAAGCAGAGUGUGUACUCAGCACCCACCAUGAAAGGGGUUAAACACCUGAAAGGCCAGAGUGAAUCAGCAUUCCCUGAAGAAGAGGAAGGUGUCAACGAAAGAGAAAAGCAAUGGGACCAUUAA